CUUGUAUGUACAUAGCAUGGUGCGGCAACGGUGAGGCUGAUCUCUUUCGAGGAGGAAAUGGCUGUGGGCUAUGCGAUCGGGAAUAGCGGCCUGUACGAGUUGCAGAGCUGUUCUCCGGAUGCGCCCAAGUCCGCCUCAAGGCAACGUCGAGACAGCAAGGUCACUUCCGCGAGAUCGCGUAUGGGACCUUGCUCGUCGAGUGGGAGUGUCAAGUCCGUACCCCCCACGGAACGCGGAUGCUUAAUAGAGAGCGAUGAUAGGUAGACCCGGCCUGCGGCCUCUAGUUCGUGCAGCGCCGAGUGCCGAGACCGAAAGGCCAUAGCAGAGGGACGGCUGUGGGACUGUGCACACAUGGGACACCACUUGG